UAAUUCUUUUAGAGCGAGAGAAUAAAUAGAGAUUAAGGAUAAUGUUAGAGAAAAGAGGUGGCAAUGGUGGUGGUACUGACAGGAGAGAAAAAAUCAAUAGGUGAAUGUUUAAAGAAGCACUCAUACAUGCUCUAUAGCGAAUUUCCUUACCUAUCUAAAGCAAACAAGUUAAGAAGGUUGUAUUUGCAAGAGUUUAUUCCCCAAAGAUGCAAAAUGAGUGGUAAAAAAACUCCGGUCUAACACAAAUUUUGGAAUACAUAACAUGAGUAGAUACUCCGGUUCGAUGAAAUAAGCGGAAGGGAAGAUUAAUCAGACGACGGCGAGUAAUUUCCGCACGCCCGCAAAUAUAUCAUUCAGCGCUGCUCUUUCGUCCUGUGGCUGUGACUGGAUAUCAAUUUCCCAUUUGAUCGGUCUUGAUUUUAGGCUAACAGCUAGUAGAUUUCAGUCGUUAGAGUAUUGAAUUAUUGAUCAACCCAAACUGCCCGUUGUGGAAGGGUAAACAUUUGUUGUAUUAAAGUCAAAGCAGAUAGAAAGCUUCAGUCUUCAAUGGCUGAAGUAAAGGACCCGUCAGGGACUUCAGAUCUCGUUCCUUCGAAUUUUCUGGAAGUAACUUGCAAAAGUUCAGGGAUUGUGAGACGGUUUGCACCAGGAACUAAGGCAGGUUUUGCCAUAUCUUUAAUCAAUAAUAAGUUGGAUGUUGGUUCUCCUCUUGCUUUGUAUAUUGAGGCUGCUAAAUUUGGAGAAGAACCCAUUAGUUUUGGACCAAGUUCCAUUCUUGUGGAUUAUGGUAAUGGUUGGAAGUUACAGACCGUUUUAGAUUCACAACAAGGUACCAAGAAGCAGGAGGGUUUGCAGGAACCAAAAGCAGGAGCAAAGAAGCAAACUCCAGAGCCGACAAUCAAUUUUAUGUACAUUUCGAAGAUAGUUUUCGUUUUCCUAUUCAUGUUUUUGCUGAUGGGAAUUUUUACAUUAGCCCUUGAGAAUCUACCAAGGCUAAUUUUGUUCAUCAACUCAUCCACAUAAUACUUGAUCUACGGCUGUAUAGAAAAAAUGAUCCUUUCUAUUCUAAGUAGUAGUUACUUCUUUCCUAAAUAAACGCCACAGUUGGCAUAUUCAGUUUCUGUUUUCCUUUGUUUUCCUUUUUGGUAGUCUUUCUAUGUAAUUCUGGCUCCAUGAUCAAUGAACCAUGUUUUCGAUUUCAAAGGGGUUCAUUGUGAUGGUGUCUAACCCAGCUAAGGGCACUCCAGUUACUGUAAUUGGGACAGAUUGAGGAUUAAGACCCUGGAGCCAAGGAGGCACUUGGACAGCUUGAGAAAGGGAGCCAUGAAAAGGUGUUAAUUGGGACACAGUGAAAUACCGGAUGUAUUUUAACUGUAUCAGGAAGAUCCAGUAGAUAAGCUAUACUGCCUACUAGAGCAAUGAUCUGAAAAGGGCCAAAAAAAAUCAAAAAUUGUGCAAGAUUUUGAUUAAUUCUGUACUUCACUAAAAUGUAUUGUACUGACUAUCGUCUAUAUGGUUGCAAUUUUAACCAAACCCAAUCGUACAACUGAACCUUAAUAUCAGUCUUGUGUUUAUCGGUCAGUUGUUUCAUUCUACUUUGAGCCUUUACCAACUGUUGUUUAAGAGUGUUCAACAUUUGUUUCCUAUCUACUGCAUGGUUAGAUGAAUCUCCUAGAUGGUAAGGCAAACAACUAGUCUCUUGAGAAACGUCUCUUUGAGAGACGUAUCUCAAGUCCAGCUUAUUAAAGAUUAAUACCUGCUUACCGAAUUCUUAAUG